AUGACCUCUUAUAUAUAUCGUAGUACUCUUUAUAUAUUUAUUGUUUGGUGUUUUGUAUUUUUUAUCUUCUUACAAUCAAAUGAUUUCACAAGAAAUUCUAUCGAUACACAAUCAUCUAUUAAAGAUGAACGUGAAGAAGUUAACAUUAAUUCAUAUGGUAUGAAUAAUUUUGUAAGAAAAUUAUUUAAAAAGUCAAAAAAUAAACAAGACCAAGUAAUAGCACCAAAUAUUGAUGAUAAAAAAAUUGAUCUAAAUAGAUCAGGUGAAAUGGGUAAUAAAGUUGAAAUUGAUAAAAAUAAAUUAUCACCAAAUGAACUUAAAAAAUAUGAAGAAGGCUUUGAAAAACAUGCCUUUAAUACAUAUAUUAGUGAUUUAAUAUCAUAUCAUCGUAGUUUACCUGAUGUACGUGAGCCGGAUUGUCAAAAAAUUGACUAUAAAUCAAUAUUAAUAACAGCAAGUAUUGUUAUGUGUUUUCAUAAUGAAGCAUGGUCAGUAUUAUUAAGAUCAAUACAUUCGAUUAUUAAUCGUAGUCCUUCACAUUUAUUAAAAGAAAUUAUCCUUGUCGAUGAUUUUUCUGAUAUGGAUCAUUUAAAGAAACCAUUGGAUAAAUAUAUAAAACAUCUUAAAAUAGUUUCAAUAGUUCGACAAAAAAAACGUGAAGGUUUAAUACGUUCACGUUUGACAGGUGCUGCUCUUGUUAAAGGUGAUGUCAUUAUUUUUCUUGAUUCACAUAUUGAAGUUACAGAAGGUUGGCUUGAACCAUUACUUGAUCCAAUAUCACAAAAUCGUACAACUGUUGUAACACCUAUUAUUGAAACUAUUGAUGAUAUAACAUUUCAAUAUAAUUCUAUUCCUAUUAGUAUAAUAAGUACUGGUGGUUUUGAUUGGAACUUACAAUUUAAUUGGCAUACUAUAUCUGAUCGAGAAAAACAAAGAAGAAAACAUAAUUUAGAACCAAUAAGAACACCAACUAUGGCUGGAGGACUUUUUGCUAUUAGUAAAAGUUAUUUCUAUGAUUUGGGAACUUAUGAUGCUGGUAUGGAUAUUUGGGGUGGUGAAAAUUUAGAACUAUCUUUUCGUAUAUGGAUGUGUGGUGGUACUCUGAUAAUUUCUCCUUGUUCUCAUGUUGGUCAUAUAUUUCGUACACGAUCUCCUUAUAAAUGGUUAUCUGACGUAGAUGUAAUCCGUAAGAAUACUGUUCGAGUCGCUGAAGUUUGGCUUGAUGAAUAUAAAGAAUAUUUUUAUCAAAGAUUAAAUUAUAAUUUAGGUGAUUAUGGUGAUGUUACAUCACGUAAAUUACUUCGAAAAAAAUUACAAUGUAAAUCAUUUAAGUGGUAUUUAACUGAGAUCUAUCCCGAACUAUCUAUGCCAGAAAAAGGAAUAGCAAUCGGUGAGAUUCGAAAUUUUGAUGACGAUUACUGUGUUGAUGCAAAUACUGAGUCUGCAAAUUUCAAUAGAUCAGUAAUUUCUUUUCCAUGUCAUAAUCAAGGUGGUAAUCAGUUUUUUAUGUUAAGCAAAAUGGGUGAAAUUCGUCGAGAUCAUGGAUGUUUAGGUUAUCAAGGUGGAAUGGAAGACGUUAAUAAAAAUGAUAAGGUUAUUGUUAUGAAAUGUGAUGGUCAGAAAGGAACUCAAUAUUGGAUUUAUGAUGAGAACGAUCUAAUAUAUCAUCCGACAUCGAAUUUAUGUAUGGCAUUAUCUGAUGAUAGGACACAUAUUCAAAUGCAAGUAUGCAAUAUCACAUAUGAAGCUCAUAAAUGGUUAUGGGAACGACAAUCACUUAAUGAAACGAACAAUACUUAA